AUGUUCUCCAACACAGUCAAUGGCAGCCAUCCCAGUCACAAAUACACCUACACACACUCCUGGCACAAGUAUCGCUACAGUGCAGUGUGCCUCAAAUAGACUUUCGGUAAUUCCUUCUUUUGAAUUACACUGUUGGGCAUAUUCACUUUUUCCACUCUCCAGUGUGUGUGUGUGUGUGUGUGUGUGUGUCUGAACACAAACUGUUUGAAUUAUAUGAAACCUGUACUAGAAAGUCUGUGUGUAUGUGUGUGUGUGUUACAUUUUGCAUCACUCACAUCAUGCAUACAGUAUACUUCUCUUUCUCUGUUUUCCAUGGAAAGGGACGGAUAGGGGGAGGGACGGAUAGGGGGAGGGACGGAUAGGGGGAGGGACGGAUAGAGGGAGGGAAGGAAGGUGGGAGUGAAUGAUAUUGUGCUUUGCUCUACCCGUUUCUCCACACAUUUGCUUUUGCACCCUUUUCUGCACUCUCUCACUCUCUUCUCUCUGCACUCUUUCUCCGCACUUUCUCUCUCUCUCCUCUCUGCACUCUUUCUCCGCACUCUCUCUCUCUCCUCUCUGCACUCUUUCUCCGCACUCUCUCUCUCUCCUCUCUGCACUCUUUCUCCGCACUCUCUCCUCUCUGCACUCUUUCUCCGCACUCUCUCUCUCCUCUCUGCACUCUUUCUCCGCACUCUCUCACUCUCUCCUCUCUGCACUCUUUUUCGUUCUAUCUAUCUAUCCACAUAAGUCGUUGUGCUCUCUCUCUCUCCAUGGCUUUCUGGUGGUAAAUCUCUUUAGUAAGUGUUUGUCCCAGUGAAGUUCUGUUGUCUUUUUCUUUCCACCUGUGUUGGUGUGUCUCACCCUCUGUCCAUUCCUAGUGCCACCGAUGUAGCAGCAUCAUCCACCGUUCUCAUACGGUUAUACCCAAACAUUACAUGAACGUUAAGGAGCGGUUAGCCUAGUCACUGACCUAGUCACUGACCUGAUCCCCCUUCUGCUUAGUAGAAUAUCAAGUUAGAAUUACGCUAGUGAGGAACAAAGUUGUUGACAAGUAUAGAGAAUAUAAACAGAUUUGCUGUUUAAGGUUGACUUUUGAAGGGGUUCCCUUGCAGACUGGCUAGAUAGAUUUCAUUAGAAAGACACCCAAUGUAUGUGUUUUUAUGUUGUGUAAUACAUCUUGUUAGGUUCAUGGUUAUUUUUGUGUAGUUUGUCAAAAAGUCCAUGUUAGACAUAAUAUGGUACUGUAAAUUCUGAUCAAAUCCUGUCAGAGAAAGGCACACCUGUAAUGUACUGAAUCUCAUAACUUAGUUAUGUUGUUUAUUGCUAGUCUUCAUUUCUGCUUUCUAUGUCUACUGCAAGUUGAUCUUUCUAUGUCUUCUGUAGCCUUAGUAAUUCCCCUUCUACCAUCCCCUCCCUUCCCCCCCCCUCUCUCUCUCUCUCUCGCUCUCUAUCUCUCUAUAUCUCUCUCUCUCUCUGUCUCUCUCUCUCUCUCUCUCUCUCUCUCUCUCUCAACUCUCUCUCUCUCUCUUCUCGUCCUCUAUCUCUCAAUAUCUCUCGCUCUCUUUCUGGUCCUCUCUCUCUCUCUUUUCCCAUGCCCGUUCUUUUCCUCCGCUUUUCUCUCUCUCUCGCUCUCCUUCCUCUUCUCUCUCUCCUCUCUCCUCCUCUCGCACCGUCCUCCUCUUCCUAUCUCUCUCUCUCUCUCCCUCUCUCUCCUCUCUUACUCUCUCUCAACCUCGUCACCUUCUCUCUCAUACACUCCCCCUUACCCUAUCCCUUCUCCCUUCUGCUAGCAGUCGAUUGUUGCUCCUUCUGUCUCUCUCUUGUUGUCUCUGUUGUUGUGUUGUGGUACAGUACUGAUGCAUCCUGGGAGUUGAUGUUCACUGAUGCCUGUGAUGAUGCUUUAUCUCCUACUAGCUCCAGUGUAGGUUGGAGGGGCUUAAAGAUGAUCGCAGGAGCCAUAGGACCUUCAGCUCUCGAGUAACUAUCCCCCCCCAGCUGAAGAGCUGCUGCCCUCCAUUUCUGUCUUUCUCUCUGUUUCUCUGCCUUUCUCGCCAUCUCUCUUUCUCUCUCUCUCCCUAACAUGCUCUGCUUUUAGUAGCUGUGUCUGGUGUUUCUGGUGUUGCAGGAUGUCUGUAGACAUCAUCAGUUUGCUCCAGUAGUGCACACUCUCUUUCUUUCGUUCUCUCUCUCUCUCUCUCUCUCUCUUUUAGUUCACUAGUUUAGCUGCGAUCUUGUCUGGUCUUUUUGAUUUUCUCUCGGCUAUGGGUCCACGUCAUGCUAUCCCUCCCUCCCCUCCAUCCCCCUUGUCCCUCUCUCCCCGCCUCUGGCUGUGCGGUACCCAGCGGUGUUGCAGCAGUUGUAGUGUGGGGGGCACAUGUUGCAGAGCCACAUAGAUAUGGAGCAGAUAAGACAGACGGGCAGGCAGACAGGUAGACAGGAGACAGAAAAGAGACAGACAGAUAGGUAGACAUAGAGACAAAACUGAAUAAAGACAUCAUUUCUGAACUAAAACUGAUCGUAACCCCCCACCCCCUCCCGCCCCACACACCCAGAUUCACAGAGUGUGUGAUGGUUGUACUUACUGUACCGCCUCACUUUAACCAUUCCUUCUGUCUAGCUACUCUUCUCUAGUCCCCACCUAGCGUUAGACCAGCAUUAAGAAUGCGUUAGUUGAGCGUUAGCUUAGCGUUCCUAUAGAAUCAGAUGUUUUCAGAGAAACGCAGCCCUCCUGCUCCACAUCUGAGCAGCCACUAUCAAUACUGCUAUUAUUGCUGUUAAUAUAUCUGUUAUAAUCAAUGUUUAAUCAAUAUGGAUGUUGUUGCCUUUGUCCACUAUAUCUGUGAAUUGAACUAAUCUACUGUAUUUUAGCUCAGUUAAACUAAUCCAGCUAUAUAUGUGAAUUGAACUAAUCUACUGUAUUUUAGCUCAGUUAAAUUAUUCCAGCCGCUAUCACUGUAACAAGCAAGACAAGAGGCACUUGAAUUAUUAUUACCCAUGUGAUUUACAGUGCUGCUAUGCCUAUGAGAUUAUAUGCACCAUAUAAAAGAGGAUAAUUAUACGAGGUCAGGAAGAAGAAGACAUCUAUAGGGAAGGACAAAGAGCAAGAUAGGUGUAGUGUCACAAAGCUCUUUCUCUGUCACUUUUUGACUGUUGUGAAAACAUCUCAUCUUUCAAACAUGUCGAAAAGGCAACCUGGUCUUUAAAAAUCUCAUUUCUCUUUUUCUCUCUCUCUCUCUCUCUCGCUCUCUCUCUCUCUCGCUCCCCAGGUGCAGUCACGAUGCAGCAGCAAAGAAAAUAUCCUAAGAUCAAGUAAGUACUCUACCACACGCCCUUAAGAGGCGACUUAGAGUGCCCCCUGUAGCAGGACAAUUGUGUGUGUGCGUGUAUGUGUGCGUGUGUGUUCAUACAUGAGCAUUGGUGCAUCCGUCCGUCCGCGCAGACGUGUGAUGUUGUGCCAGGGGCUGAUGGAGGCUCAUGUUAUGAAUCUGAAAUAUGCUGUGGAAGCGUAAGUUUAAAAGGGAGGAAUUGGGUCAAGAGGAUUCCAUGCACUGUAGCUUCUCUUCUCUGUGCUGCUAGGCAGAGGUAGGAGAGAGAGAUUACACGUUAGUUACACCUCGCUUUGUUCUUCCGCUUACCUUUGGUAUGAUUCGACUGCUGUUAUUAGAACAACAUGGUUGCUGUCAAGAGCGGAAAUCGUGUGUGUGUGUGUGUGCGUGUGCGUGCCUACUUACAUGAGUGUGUGUCUCAUACUUGUAUAUAUGUGUAUGACUCUGUGUAAGACCCUGUUCCUGUGUCCUCUCUCUCUCCUCUCCUCUCCUCUCCUCUCCUCUCCUCUCAUCUCCUCUCCUCUCCUCUCCUCUCUUCUCAGGUCACAGUGCGGUGGACAUCACCAAGGUGGCCCGGAGACACCGCAUGUCCCCGUUCCCCCUCACCUCCAUGGACAAGGCCUUCAUCACUGUGCUGGAGAUGACCGCCAUCCUGGGUACUGAGAUCAUCAACUACAGAGGUGAGGAGGGGAAUACACACACACUUACAGUGAGGGAAAAAAGUAUUUGAUCCCCUGCUGAUUUUGUACGUUUGCACACUGACAAAGAAAUGAUCAGUCUAUAAUUUGAAUGGUAGGUUUAUUUGAACAGUGAGAGACAGAAUAACAACAAAAAAAUCCAGGAAACGCAUGUCAAGAAUGUUAUAAAUUGAUUUGCAUUUUAAUUAGGGAAAUAAGUGUUUCACCCCCUCUCAAUCUGAAAGAUUUCUGGCUCCCAGGUGUCUUUCAUACAGGUAACGAGCUUAGAUUAGGAGCACACUCUUAAAGGGAGUGCUCCUAAUCUCAGCUUGUUACCUGUAUAAAAGACACCUGUCCACAGAAGCAAUCAAUCAAUCAGAUUCCAAACUCUCCACCAUGGCCAAGACCAAAGAGCUCUCCAAGGAUGUCAGGGACAAGAUUGUAGACCUACACAAGGCUGGAAUGGGCUACAAGACCAUCGCCAAGCAACUUGGUGAGAAGGUGACAACAGUUGGUGCGAUUAUUCACAAAUGGAAGAAACACAAAAUAACUGUCAAUCUCCCUCGGCCUGGGGCUCCAUGCAAGAUCUCACCUCGUGGAGUUGCAAUGAUCAUGAGAACGGUGAGGAAUCAGCCCAGAACUACACGGGAGGAUCUUGUCAAUGAUCUCAAGGCAGCUGGGACCAUAGUCACCAAGAAAACAAUUGGUAACACACUACGCCAUGAAAGACUGAAAUCCUGCAGUGCCCGCAAGGUCCCCCUGCUCAAGAAAGCACAUAUACAGGCCCGUCUGAAGUUUGCCGAUGAACAUCUGAAUGAUUCAGAGGAGAACUGGGUGAAUGUGUUGUGGUCAGAUGAGACCAAAAUCGAGCUCUUUGGCAUCAACUCAACUCGCUGUGUUUGGAGGAGGAGGAAUGCUGCCUAUGACCCCAAGAACACCAUUCCCACCAUCAAACAUGGAGGUGGAAACAUUAUGCUUUGGGGGUGUUUUUCUGCUAAGGGGACAGGACAACUUCACCGCAUCAAAGGGACGAUGGAUGGGGCCAUGUACCGUCAAAUCUUGGGUGAGAACCUCCUUCCCUCAGCCAGGGCAUUGAAAAUGGAUGGGUAUUCCAGCAUGACAAUGACCCAAAACACACGGCCAAGGCAACAAAGGAGUGGCUCAAGAAGAAGCACAUUAAGGUCCUGGAGUGGCCUAGCCAGUCUCCAGACCUUAAUCCCAUAGAAAAUCUGUGGAGGGAGCUGAAGGUUCGAGUUGCCAAACGUCAGCCUCGAAACCUUAAUGACUUGGAGAAGAUCUGCAAAGAGGAGUGGAACAAAAUCCCUCCUGAGAUGUGUGCAAACCUGGUGGCCAACUACAAGAAACGUCUGACCUCUGUGAUUGCCAACAAGGGUUUUGCCACCAAGUACUAAGUCAUGUUUUGCAGAGGGGUCAAAUACUUAUUUUCCCUCAUUAAAAUGCAAAUCAAUUUAUAACAUUUUUGACAUGCGUUUUUCUGGAUUUAUUUGUUGUUAUUCUGUCUCUCACUGUUCAAAUAAACCUACCAUUAAAAUUAUAGACUGAUCAUGUCUUUGUCAGUGGGCAAAUGUACAAAAUCAGCAGGGGAUCAAAUACUUUUUUCCCUCAAUGUAAGCUAUAAAAGUGAAUACACAAGAGGGGGAGGGAGAGGGAGAGAGAGAAAAUGAAUGACCUAACUUAGCACUACAUGAUCAGUAGCUCAACAGUGUGGUCCCCUGUAGCUCAGUUGGUAAAGCAUGGCUUGUGUGAUGCCAGGAUAGAGGAUUCAACUCCCGGGACCACCCAUUCGGGGAAAAAAAAAAUGAAAUUUUGAUAAAAGCAUCUGCUUUAUCAUAUAUCAAUAGGAUGUCGGUGGUACAGACCUGUAGCAUCUUGUCAGGCUCAACCACCACACUGACAAUAUGAGCUACACAUGACAGGGUUUAAACUGAGUUGCUCACCUCACUGACUCUGGCUCUAUCUGCAGGCUUAGAUGUCACACACAUACUCUGAAUGUCAAGUCACAGUGACACAUUCAGAGGAGUACAAACACACUGGUCCUGGAGCAUGUCUGUCCCCCUAGCACUUCCUAGGGCACUGGCCUCAGGGCCUUCGUCAGAGUGCCUUAGGGCCGUGGUCACCCCCUGGCUGUGUGACAUCAGUGUGGUGGGGCAAGACACACACUUACACACUCCUGAUUCAGCUCUGUGCUCAUCGUGACAAAUAGAACAGCUAUGGAGGAGCGAUCUCUCUCUUUUCUCCCAGUAAAGUGAUGUUUCAUGUUGUUUUGGGGGAGUGUUUCAGGAUGGAACAGCUCCCCUGCUGGUGGGGAGAGGGGUGUGUGUCGUGGGGGAGGGUGGGGAGGGAGAGGGGUGUGUGGUAAGGUGGGAGGGUGAGGGGUAGGUGUGGUGGGGAUAGGAGAGGAGAGAGGAAGAGGGGUGUGUUGGUGGGGGAUAGUACGAUGGGUUGUGAAGUCCGUGGGAGGGGAGGGUGUGUGUUGGGAGGGAUGUAGGGUGUGUUUUGAGGAGAGGGGUUUGGUGGUGGUGAGAGGAGGGGAGAGGAGGUAGAGGUGUGUGUGGUGGGAGAGGAUAGGAAGUGGUGUUUGGUGAGGAUAUGUUGUGUGGUGGGGGAGAUAGGAGAGGAGGGAAGGGGUUUUUUGUUCCGGUGGAGGAAUGGAGAGGAGAGGGAGAGGGUGUGUUUUUUGGGGGGAGGGGUUUUGGUUGGGAGGGGAGGAGUGUGUAGGUGGGGGGGGGGGGGGCAUGGUCCGUGUGUGUGCUUGUCUGAGCUUGCCUGGCACAACACAACCAAUUAAUUGAAUAGUCCCAAAAGUGCAAAUCCACUCACAACAUCUGGCACUCCAGGUAUUUCAAAGAUUUGAAAAACUAUUUGAACCUACUUUUAUGUGCGUGCUUGUGUGUGUAUUUGUGUCUGUGUGUGUGUUCUGCUCCUCAGCUCUCCGUCUCAUGUACAGUAAGUCAUUGAUAUCAUAGCUCAGAUUUAACAUCAAUACCCACUUAGUAAUCACAGAAAUACACACACACGAGUGUGUGCGGGCAUGAGUGUGUGUGUGUGUGUGUGUGUGUGUGUGUGCGUGUGUGUGUUUGAUUUUGUGUGUGUGUGUGUGCACACUUUUCUGGUCAGGUGGUGAGUCACCCACAGAGAUACUGAUGAGAGGUGUCGCACUCUCUCUCUAACACGCACAUAUGUCUCUCUGUGUCUUCAUCUGAAUCAGAUGUCCUCUCUGCCUCCCUCUCUCCCUCCCUCUCUCUCUCCCCACUCACUCUCCCUGUCUCUCUCCCUCCCUCUCCCCACUCCCUCCCUCUCACCACUCCCUCUCACCACUCCUCUCCCCCUCCCUCCCUCUCCCACUCCCUCCCUCUCCCCACUCCUCCCUCUCCCCUCCCUCCUCUCCCCCUCCCUCUCCCCACUCCCUCUCCUCCCCACAUCCCUAGCUCCCACUCCCCCUCCCACCCGCCUCCCCCACCUCCUCGCCACUCCCUCCCUCUCCCCACUCCCUCCCUCCCUCCUCACCUCCUCCCUCUCCCUCCCUCUCCCUCCCUCCCCUCUCCCCCACCCUCUCCCCUCCUCUCCCCCCCCCCUCUCCCCCCUCCCUCCCUCUCCACCCCUCUUCCCCCCUCCCCCUCGACCUCUCCCCCUCCCUCCUCCCCCCUCCCUCUCCCUCUCUCCUUUCCCCAUUUCCCUCUCCCCCACUCCUCUCUCCCCUCCCUCCUCUCCCACUCCCUUCCCUCCCUCUCUCAUGUCCUUUUUCCUCUCUCCCUCUACGUUAUUUUUUCUUUCAUUCUCCCUCCCGGUCUCUCCCUUCCUACCUCUUUCCCUCCCCCUCCUCCCUCUCUCUUCUCCUCCCUCCAUUCUCUCUCUCUCUCUAGAUGGGAUGGGUCGAGUCCUGGCUCAGGACGUUUAUGCCAAAGACAACCUGCCCCCAUUCCCCGCCUCUGUCAAGGAUGGUUAUGCUGUAAGAGGUAUGUAUUCAAUUGUACUGUAUUUCAAUGUAGCCUACACUACACACACACACACACACACACACACUGUAGCACUCUUAUGUCAUAUUAUACUGUACUGCUGAAUAUAAAACAGUGCAUGGCACGCUAUCCCUCUCUGUUUGUGCUGAUAUGCCCUUUCUGUUUGUGAAGUCAGGAGGCACUGCCCACUGAAACACGAGUCAACUAAAUGACACUCCUCCACAGUCACGCACUCACACACAUACCGUAGAUACACACACACACACAGCAUACACGCACGUAAUUACAUUUUUGAUUACACAUUGAUACACACGCAGCAGAAUAUACACACAAACACACACGCACGUAAUUACAUUUUUUUAUGUUUUAUUUUUUAGCGGCUGACGGUCCAGGCGACCGUUUCAUCAUCGGAGAGUCCCAGGCUGGAGAACAGGUCCGCACACACACACACACACACACACACACACACACACACACACACACACACACACACACAGCUACAAGCAACUGGCUGGAACCCCCCUUCAUGUAGAGAAAUAUUGAAACACACACAUACAUACACUUGUUGCGUGGCUGCUAGACAGAGGAGGUGGAUGUGAAACACUCCUUCAGAGGAGAAGUGUGUGUGUGUGCAUGUGAGAAACACGCCCCCGUAGCGUAGCGAUACAAUACUGACUCAGCAUACUAAAUUACCCAGCAACCCACUCCAUCGCAGGUGGGCCGCCCACCUGGGCUGAUUAUACACGAUAUCACACACACAAACACACUGACACAUUAAUACACCAACUGCAUGUCUGAUGCGAUGUGCUGUUGCUAUGUGUCUGCCUGUGAUUGUUUGGACAACACAAUAAUAUGUUACGCUUAGACACAUUCCAAUGCUUUCGGAUUCUGAGAGAGCCUAGGGGGACAUUCUACGUUUGGAGUGUGUGUGUACGUCCGAGUGUGUGUCCGUUCAUUUGCAUAUGUGUUGUGUGUGCGUAUUUGACACCAGUCUCUUUCUUUCUCUCUCCCUGCAGCCCACCCACACAGUGAUGCCAGGCCAGGUGAUGAGAGUGACGACGGGGGCUCCUAUCCCCUGUGGGGCGGACGCUGUGGUGCAGGUGGAGGACACAGAGCUGCUCCGCGAGUCUGAGGACGUGAGUCUCACCUUUGACCCCUGACCAAUAGCCCUGUGAAGAGGGACAGGGUUUAGUUCCGGGAGAAUAUGGCCUAGAUUCUUCUAAGGGAAUAGCAGUGUCUGUCUAGUACCUGGAUAUAGGGUCUACACCCGGGACAAUAUAGUAGAUAGAACUUACUAGGCCAAGGUCUAUAGGGCCUAACUUCCAACAAAAGACUUGGGCUAGUACCAGGAUAUAGUGUCUAGGUCCGGGGCAAUGGGGCUUGGCUUCUACGAAGGUUAGACAAAGCCUAGUAUCACGUAUAGUAUCUAGCUGCUGAAGGCUUAGCAGCUGUGCUGAUUACCCAGGAACAGAGAAUAGUGUUGGGAGGGAGUCUUGUAGACUAGGGGCCAGUAGUAAAGGUGAUGGUUGUGAUGAUGGCUCCUUACAGAAUGUUUUCUCUUGUCUCCUUCUCAGGGCACCGAGGAGCUGGAGGUGCGGAUCCUCGUACAGGCCCGUCCAGGACAAGACAUCAGGUGUGUGUGCGCGUGUGCGUCAGUGGAGGCUGGUGGGAGGAGCUAUAGGAGGACGGGCUCAUAGUAAUGGCUGGAAUGGAAUAAAUGCAACGGUAUCUUUCUGUAUGAAGUGUGUGAGUGUCUGUAGUUAUUUGUCUGUAAAAUGUGUGAACAUAUGUUUCAACAGUGUCUCUCUGAAUCCUAUCCCCUCCCUAUCUCUGCUUCUCUCCAGGCCCAUAGGUCAUGACAUCAAGCGUGGGGAGUGUGUCCUGUCUAAGGGAACCCACAUGGGCCCCUCUGAGAUUGGCCUGUUGGCCACCGUAGGAGUCACUGAGGUGGAGGUGCAGAAGUUCCCCGUGGUGGCUGUCAUGUCCACAGGCAACGAGGUGAGACAGGCGGACAUACACACGCAGACAGACAGACAGACAGAUACACGCACGCACACACACACACAUACAUUGGCUGUUCCAAUCCUCUUCAAUAGCACCCUCUACACGAUGCCUUUUCUGUUGGAUCACUAAGCAAAGGCAUGUCUAAGUGGGGUGUCCUCCAUCGGUCUUUCACUUCUUUAUCCAUAAAUAGCACCCUUUUUCCCAACCAUGUGACCUGUCCAGGAAAAACUCUUGGCCUCAAGUUUUUUCCUGGUAAGGUCCCGUUGUCAGCCCAAACUCCAGGCCCUAAUCAUAGAUGGAAUGACAUGAGGUAAGGAAGCUGUUCAAAGUACUGUAUUCGGAUAGUCAACUUUGCCCAGGCAUAACAGUACAUGUAUGGAGUGUGCUGACUUGUACCAACCCAGGCUCCUGUUCAUAAGGGCAUGCAAUGUUUUAAAGGCCCAGUGCAGUGAAAAUUCUGUUCUUCCUUUGUUUUGUAUCAACAGCUGAUGAAACUAACAUUGUAAAAGUGUGAAAACAUUUAAUCAGUGUUAUUCCCUGAUAGUUGCUGGUUGAAAAUACAAUCUACACAGGACUUUCUAAUCAGCAGGUUUUGCAUGGGGGGAGGUUUGACUUGCCUGGUGACACCAGGGUAGGGUUGAAUGGCGGGAACCCGGUUACUGAGAUUUACCACCCAAAACCACUCCGUUUUCCCGGGAUAAAUAACUGCGUGAAACCGGUACAUCAACAGCAUGACAUGAAGUGGAACUGUUAAAUUAUAUGAGAUGUCUAAAUAUGACUUCUCUAUGGCCUUCUCUCCGCUCUCUGCAUGAUCAAUAAUCAAUGCUCAUGGUGGGUACAGACAGCCCAUUUCAGUAUAAUAAUAAUAAUAAUAAUAAUAAUAUGCCAUUUAGCAGACGCUUUUAUCCAAAGCGACUUACAGUCAUGCGUGCAUACAUUUUUGUGUAUGCACGCAUGGAGUGCAUGGAGUGCAGUUCACAAUGCAUGUAGACCGACAUCUCAUCAUGGUUACUUUUUUUAUUGUGACAGGUAGGCCUUCAUUUGCUGCAGCAUAGCCUAUGCUACAGUAAUAUAAGGACCGAAUGCGGGUCUAAUUGACACAUCUCCAUCUGGCUUUCGGGGGUCACCUUAAUUUUUGAAUGUAAAGAUUCUUAUUUUUUAAUUGCAGCAGCAGAGUUUUGAAACAGCCUAUCACUCGAAUAUCUUUGCUUUAAAUCAGAGCAUGCGUGAGCACUCUUCUUUUCACUCUCAUCAAUUCCAUUCAAAUAGCAUCCAAAAUAGAUAAUCCUGUUAAAGAUUGAGAUAUAGCCCUAUACAGUUGAAGUCAGAAGUUUACAUACACUCAGGUUGGAGUCAUUAAAACUCGUUUUUCAACUAUUCCACAAAUUUCUUGUCAACAAACUAUAGUUUUGGCAAGUCGGUUAGGACAUCUAUUUUGUGCAUGACACAAGUAAUUUUAACAACAAUUGUUUACAGACAGAUUAUUUCACAAUUCCAGUGGGUCAGAAGUUGACAUACACUAAGUUGACUGUGCCUUUAAACAGCUUAGAAAAUUCCAGAAAAUGAUGUCAUGGCUUUAGAAGCUUCUGAUAGGCUAAUUGACAUAAUUUGAGUCAAUUGGAGGUGUACCUGUGGAUGUAUUUCAAGGCCUACCUUCGAACUCAGUGCCUCUUUGCUUGACAUCAUGGGAAAAUCAAAAUAAAUCAGCCAAGACCUCAGAUAAAACAAUUGUAGACCUCCACAAGUCUGGUUCAUCCUUAGGAGCAAUUUCCAAACGCCUAUAGGUACCACGUUCAUCUGUACAAACAAUAGUAUGCAAGUAUAAACACCAUGGGACCACGCAGCCGUCAUAACGCUCAGGAAGGAGACGCGUUCUAUCUCCUAGAGAUGAACGUACUUUGGUGCGAAAAAGUACAAAUCAAUCCCAGAACAACAGCAAAGGACCUUUGUGAAGAUGCUGGAGGAAACAGGUACAAAAGUAUCUAUACCCACAGUAAAACGAGUCCUAUAUCGACAUAACCUGAAUGGCCGCUCAGCAAGGAAGAAGCCACUGCUCCAAAACCGCCAUAAAAAAGCCAGACUAUGUGGACAAAGAUCGUACUUUUUGGAGAAAUGUCCUCUGGUCUGAUGAAACAAAAAUAGAACUGUUUGGCCAUAAUGACCAUCGUUAUGUUUGGAGGAAAAAGGGUGUAGCUUGCAAGCUGAAGAACACCAUCCCAACCAUGAAGCAUAGGGGUGGCAGCAUCAUGCUGUGGGGGUGCUUUGCUGCAGGAGGGACUGGUGCACUUCACAAAAUAGAUGGCAUCAUGAGGAAGGAAAAUUAUGUGGAUAUAUUGAAGCAACAUCUCAAGACAUCAGUCAGGAAGUUAAAGCUUGGUCGCAAAUUAGUCUUCCAAAUGGACAAUGACCCCAAGCAUACUUCCAAAGUUGUGGCAAAAUGGCUUAAGGACAACAAAGUCAAGGUAUUGGAGUGGCCAUCACAAAGCCUUGACCUCAAUCCUAUAGAACAUUUGUGAGCAGAACUGAAAAAGCGUGUAAGAGCAAGGAGGCCUACAAACCUGACUCAGUUACACCAGCUCUGUCAGGAGGAAUGGGCCAUAAUUCACCCAACUUAUUGUGGGAAGCUUGUGGAAGGCUACCCGAAACGUUUGACCCAAGUCAAACAAUUUAAAGGCAAUGCUACCAAAUACUAAUUGAGUGUAUGUAAACUUCUGACCCACUGGGAAUGUGAUGAAAGCAAUAAAAGCUGAAAUAAAUCAUUCUCUCUACUAUUAUUCUGACAUUUCACAUUCUUAAAAUAAAGUGGUGAUCCUAACUGACCUAAGACAGGGAAUUUUUACUAGGAUUAAAUGUCAGGAAUUGUGAAAAACUGAGUUUAAAUGUAUUUGGCUAAGGUGUACGUAAACUUCCGACUUCAACUGUAUAUACUAGGCAGUGUCAGAGGAAAGCCCAAAGAAUUGUCAAAGACUCCAGUCACCCAAGUCAUAGACUGUUCUACCUGGUACCGGAGCACCAAGUAUAGGACCAAAAGGCUCCUUAACAGCUUCUACCCCCAAGCCAUAAGACUGCCGAACAAUUAAUCAAAUGGCCAUCCGGACUAUUUACAUUGAACAUUGUGUUCAUUUUUGGCAAUUUUUAUAGACCAAUAUUACAGCAAGUUACCUAAUUGUUACCCAAAAAUGAUUUGAUAUUGAGAUAAAAACAGCUGCACUGGGUCAUUAUUAAAAUAUUUUGCAACAGAAACCAAAAAGCAGUGUUUCUUAUUGGACAAAUCCAGGUAGUCCCUCCCUGUUGCAGUUAGUUUUUUCCGUUUGGUGCCUAAUGAACACUUCCCUGGUGCCUCUAGCUGUUGAACCCAGAGGACGACCUCCAUCCAGGGAAGAUCAGGGAUAGUAACCGCUCCACGCUGCUCGCUACCAUCCAGGAGCACGGAUACCCCACCAUCAACCUGGGCAUCGUGGGAGACAAGUAGGACUUCACACUCCUCUUCCUGUUCUUGAUGUUCCUCCUACUUCUGUUCAUCUUCCUUUUCCUCCUCUUCCUCUCUGUCUACUCUCAUUCCUGUUCCUAGUCCUCUUUCUACCCCUUCUUUUCCUCCUCUUCUCUUCUCCUCUUCUAUGGUGUGUGAUGGUAACUGGUAACUGUUCUCUGUCUAUCGGCCCCACAGCCCAGACGACCUCCUGAACGCCCUGAACGAGGGCAUCAGCCGUGCUGACGUCAUCAUCACCUCUGGAGGGGUGUCUAUGGGAGAGAAGGUAUGUGAGCAAAUAGUGAGUAUGAAUGGUCAUUGGUUAUGACAUUGCUCUAUGUUGACACCUUGGGGUUGGGAUGGGGAAUUGAUUAAAUAUAUAUAUAGUAGAUAUUAUUUCAGCCUGGUCUCAUAGACUAGAUGUAACAAAUUAGUAUGAUAUGUUACGUUUGGUUUGUUUACAUAAGACAGAUGGUUUCUUAAAUCAAAAAAGAAAGUAGGUUGGUUGCAGCAGAUAGAUGGAUGGAUGGAUGGAUGGGAGUAUAAGGCGAAUGUCUAGAAACCCAAAGCUUGUGAGUUUGAAUCUCAUUAUGGACAACUUUAGCAUUUUAUCAACUUUUAGAUAAUACUAAUUUUUGCUAACCCUUCCCCUAACCUUAACCCUUUAACCUAACUUUUACACUUAACCCUAACACCUAGCCUAGCUAACGUUAGCCAGCUAGCUAACAUUAGCCACCUAGCUAGAAUUCGUAACGUAUCAUACUUUUUUCUAAUUCGUAACGUAUGUUUUGGCAAAUUCGUAACAUAUAAUACAAAUGGUAAUUCGUAAUAUAUCAUAUGAAAUGGGUGAUGGCCAUCCACGAAUUAAUACAUACCAUACGAAACGUAACAUAUCAUUCAAAAUUCAGUAUCUCAAAUUUACUUACAUAAUAAUACGAAAUGCUCUGAGACCAGGUUGAUUAUUUGCCCAUCCCUCUUCGGAGGACAGAAUUGUUAGUUUUUACAGCUAUUUCGUUACCUAUAAAUUUGACAUAAAUGUUACAUACAUGUAAUUGUGGUGUUAAUAUUGUGUGGAGAAAUGUAGAAUUACAAUCUAUCUCACACAGCACAGGGUCGUAUUCAUUAGGGCCCAAAACGAAAACAUUUUGCAAUGGAACAUUUAAAUCUAGGUACUCCCUUCCUGUUUCAGUCUGUUGUCUUCCGUUUGGUGCCUGAUGAAUACACCCCAGUGGUGCACAAGACUUAUCUGGGUUUUAGAUACAGCUACACUAUAACUAGAAGGUGAAUGUUUUUGUUAAUUUUUAUAUGUACGUUUGUAGACUCCAAAAUGUGUGAUCCUCUUUUUCAGGACUAUCUGAAACAGGUGCUGGAUAUUGACCUGCAUGCUCAGAUCCACUUUGGACGAGUCUUCAUGAAACCAGGGUAUGAUGGAUGGAUGGAUGGGUGGAUGGAUGGGUGGCUGGGUGGAUGUGUGGAUGGAUGGUUCGUUGAACAACCAUGUUGUUCUUCUCUUCUCCCAUCUUUUCAGUCUCCCGACAACAUUCGCCACUUUGGACAUGGACGGUGCUCGCAAACUCAUCUUUGCCCUCCCAGGUAGUGUGUAAAGUAAAGAGAAAGAGGGAAUCAGACACUCGUUUCCAGACUGGUUUCUAACACACUCUUCCUUUCUCUCUCUCCCCCCCAACCCCCCCACCCCACCCACCCCACCCCCCCCCUCCGGCCCAGGUAAUCCCGUGUCUGCUGUGGUGACAUGUAACCUCUUUGUCAUCCCUGCCUUAAGGAAGAUGCAGGGGAUCCUGGACCCACGGCCCACCAUCAUCAAAGCCAGGGUAAGAAGGCACAGGACUCCAUGAAUCUUUCUCAAUUUGUCUUACCUCGAUUGCUUGCGUUCUCUAUCUCGCCUUCCUCUCAAAAUUAAUUGGAGGAGAAGGUCAGAGGUGAGGAAUCUUGGAUCUUCUCCGCCAAUGCGCUUUGAGAAGGAAUCGAGAAAGAGCCCGUGUACCUCGAAGUAGGAUCAGCUUCACGCAAACUUUAUACUCUGCGUAUGCACAUUUUCUAGUGGUUUAUAUAUUGUAUUGCAAGCAGGCAAGUAAGUAUUUUGUGCAAAUAUGGGAUAUGAUGACAUGCUUAUUAAUAAUUAUUAUUAUUAUUGUAAAAAAUGAAACAGGAGCCAUUUGCCGUUAGUGAUAAGAGUGAUUAUCUAUGUGUUUUAUUUUUGGAAUCUAAAAGAAUUUGACAUAGAAAUCUAUUUCCUAUUAAUUUGUUUUCAUAACCAUUGCAGAAUAAAUUCCUCACCUCUUCUGGCUGUGAUGAGUUCAUAUUGUCAUACAACAACAUACCAUGCCCAUCUCUCAUUUAAUUGGGCCUAGUAGCCUAGUAAAUAGAUAGGGUGUGUAUUUCAAGUUUUGCUGCAUGUGAUCCCAUAGGCAGUGCAGUUUAUAAUAGGCUACACAGUCAAAUUUAACAGACCGACACAUUAUCUUUUACAUUGAAGUAUGCUACUUUAUUUUUUGUUGUUGAGUAGGGCUAGCCUAUACAAUGUUUCAGUCCAGCAUAUUUAGGUUGGGGGAAAAGUAAAUGCGAAACAUUGUUGAAUUCAAAUGUUCUGCUGACAGGUCCACAACAAUUUGCCAUUGUUUUUUUAUUUCCGAAACUUUCACAGUCCUUUGCCAAGUACAGCAUAAGUUACUGCAAAAGAUUAAGACAUUCUCUCAACACCUCCAAAAACAUUUGAUCAAAUUUGCCAUUGCACUUUCUUUUAGAAACUGCCAUUGCCUAAUUCCAAUAGUUCCAAAUUCUACUGCAAAAUGGUGUUAUUUUCACCAUAAAAGGUGAAUGGAGGGCAUUUUCCAGGUGGAGUUAUAAUGCUUGUUCAGGCGCACACAGUUUUACAACAGAUCUGAUUUAUAACGGGAAGCGUGUGCCAAGUUUUAAAUAUCUAAAUUUUUUGACGUAGGUACUCUUUUCAGAAAUGGCACAUGCAGAUUUUUAGUGUGAAAUUUAUGCAACUGUUAUAAAUUCGGCCCCACCUAUGAGCGUUGACACUUUUGCGUCCAAAUAAUCUGUCUUUACUCCUGAAGUGUACACUUGUUCACUUCCUUUCAUGGAUUUGUUGGGAGUAGUGAACAAGUUCACACAGGAGGAAGGAGAGCUUAUGGAUGGAUGGAUGGUUGUGAUCCUCUGUAGCUCAAUUGGUAGAGCAUGGUGCUUGCAACGGCAGGAUAGUGGGUUUCGAUUCUCUGGACCACCUGUGUGUAAAAUGUAUGCACCCAUGACUGUAAAUUGCUUUGGAUAAAAGUGACUGCUAAAUUGCAUAUAUUAUUGUAUUAGUGGGACACAACCCCUGUGAGUAUGCAAGGUCAUCAUUGUGAGCCAUGUUGAUUUUGUGGUUGUCUCGUAGUUGUCAUGUGACGUAAAGUUGGAUCCUCGCCCUGAGUACCACCGCUGUAUUCUGACAUGGCACCACCAGGAGCCUCUGCCAUGGGCCCAGAGCACAGGUACUGAUGGAAUACCAUUCUAUUCUGUUCUGUUUUAUUGUGCACUGCUAUACAGAGCGAUACACUGCUAUAUUAUACUGCAUGUGUAGUCACAGGCUUUAUAACGGACUAUCAAUGGACUGUUCAUUGAUUUUGUUCAUGGGCAAUUGUACAGGGGUUAGCUACAGUCCUCUAAUCUAACAAAGCAUUUUCACUGGUUAGUAUUGCAUGUAGUGCCUAAUUGAUUCAGUAUACUGUACAGCUCAAGAGUAUAAAGAGCUACAAUUAGAUUGUGUGGUAUUAGUAGCCUCUCACUCAUUGAAUGGUGUGGUACCGAGGUCAUCCUGACUGUCAUGGGUUGGAUCCUCCUGGACUUGUGUGGUUGGUUAGGGCCUAAAGUGCAUGUAUUCUCACCCUCCCUCUCUUUCUCUAUCCUCAUUUCCUCCCUCCCUGUCCAUCCCUUCCUCCCUCCUUUCCUCCCGAUCCUUUCCUUCCUCCAUCCUGUAGGUAACCAGGUGAGCAGCAGGCUGAUGAGCAUGCGCAGCGCCAAUGGUCUCCUGAUGCUACCUCCAAAAACAGAGCAAUAUGUGGAGCUGCACAAGGGAGAGGUGGUCGACGUCAUGGUCAUCGGCCGGCUAUGA